AUGGGAAAAACGCAAAUAUGGGAAAAACGCAAAUAUGGGAAAAACGCAAAUAUGGGAAAAACGCAAAUAUGGGAAAAACGCAAAUAUGGGAAAAACGCAAAUAUGGGAAAAACGCAAAUAUGGGAAAAACGCAAAUAUGGGAAAAACGCAAAUAUGGGAAACACACAAAUAUGGGAAACACACAAAUAUGGGGAAAACGCAAAUAUGGGGAAUACGCAAAUAUGGGGAAAACGCAAAUAUGGGGAAAACGCAAAUAUGGGAAAAACGCAAAUAUGGGGAAAACGCAAAUAUGGGAAAAACGCAAAUAUGGGAAAAACGCAAAUAUGGGAAACACGCAAAUAUGGGAAACACGCAAAUAUGGGAAACACGCAAAUAUGGGAAACACGCAAAUAUGGGAAACACGCAAAUAUGGGAAAAACGCAAAUAUGGGAAAAUCGCAAAUAUGGGGAAAACAGUAAUAUGGGAAAAAACGCAAAUAUGGGAAAAAUGCAGAUAUGGGACAAACGCAAAUAUGGGAAAAAUGCAGAUAUGGGACAAACGCAAAUAUGGGAAAAAUGCAAAUAUGGGAAAAACGCAAAUAUGGGAAAAAAAGCAAAUAUGGGAAAAACGCAAAUAUGGGAAAAAAAGCAAAUAUGGGAAAAAAAGCAAAUAUGGGAAAAACGCAAAUAUGGGAAAAACGCAAAUAUGGGAAUAACGCAAAUAUGGGAAAAAUGCAAAUAUGAGAAAAAAGCAAAUACGGGAAAAACGCAAAUAUGGGAAAAACGCAAAUAUGGGAAAAACGCAAAUAUGGGACAAACGCAAAAAUGGGAAAAACGCAAAAAUGGGAAAAACGCAAAAAUGGGAAAAACGCAAAAAUGGGAAAAACGCAAAAAUUUGAAAAACGCAAAAAUGGGAAAAACGCAAAAAUGGGAAAAACGCAAAUAUGGUAAUAACGCAAAUAUGGGAAACACACAAAUAUGGGAAAAACGCAAAUAUGGGAAAAAUGCAAAUUUGGGAAAAAGUCAAAUAUGGGGAACAACGCAAAUAUGGGAAAAAACGCAAAUAUGGGGUAAAACGCAAAUAUGGGGUAAAAGGCAAAUAUGGGGAAAAACGCAAAUACGGGAAAAACGCAAAUACAGGAAAAACGCAAAUACGGGAAAAACGCAAACACGGGAAUGUUGCAAAUAUGGGAAAAAUGCAAAUAUGGGAUAA